GGAUUGUCAGUUAAUAGGAAUCUUUGACACUUCUCGUUCGCUCAUCUGUGUGAAUAAAACAUUUUCUUAAAGCAUUUGUACUGCAAAAUGUCUUCUUUAACGACAGUUAUACCCAAAUUAUACCAGGAAUACUCAACUAAAACACCCAAAAAGCUUAAGAUCAUCGAUGCAUACUUAUUGUAUAUAUUUCUGACAGCGGUGAUUCAGUUUGUGUAUUGCUGCCUUGUCGGCACUUUUCCCUUUAAUUCGUUUUUGAGUGGUUUUAUUUCAACUGUCAGUUCCUUCGUUCUUGGAGUAUGUCUACGCCUGCAAGUUAACCCCGAGAACAAGAGUGAGUUCCAGGGCCUGAGUGCAGAGCGAGGCUUUGCAGACUUCAUAUUUGCACAUCUUGUGUUGCACAUUGUUGUCAUUAAUUUCAUAGGAUAAUUCAUUUGUACUCCAUUUAUAUAUACUUAAUAAGAAAAUCUCCAAAUAAAUUCUUAAAUCAAA